AUGAGUGAGUUGUCGACGGUCGCACUGCGAGAGUGUACUCGGCGUAAACGCGUGGCAGCGCCGGCGUCGGUAGUGCCUGCGGAAAUGUGCGCGCGGCCGCGCUUCCUCGGCGACACGGCGCUGGACGCCGGCCUGCCGCCUGACCGCCUCGAGCCCGAGCCCGACGACGAGUUCGCGCUCAGGUGGAGCGUGGAGGAGGGCGCGCUGGGCGGCGCGGCGCUGGGCUGCGCGGCGGCGGCGCUGGCGCUCACGCCGCGGCUGCUGGCGCGCGCCGCGCCGCCGCACAGCUUCCGCGCCGGCUACCGCGGCCGCUUCACCUUCCGCUUCUGGGUUUUCGGCGCCUGGCGCGACGUGGCCGUGGACGACCGCCUGCCGGCGCGCGCGCGCCGCCCGCUCGGCGCCGUCUGCGCGCUGCCCGACGACUUCACACUGCCGCUGCUCGAGAAGGCCUACGCCAAACUGCACGGCGGCUACGCGGCGCUGCGCGGCGGCAGCGUGGCGCGCGCGCUGCAGGAGCUGUCGGGCGGCGUGGUGCAGAGCUUCGCGCCGCCGCGGCCGCCGCGUGCCGCGCUCCUGCACGUGCUGCGCGCCGCGCUGCCGCGCGCCUCGCUGCUGCUGGCCACGUGCGCGCGCGCGCGCGCCGGUCUGGCGCCACGCGCGCCCUACGCCGUGACCGGACUGGCGCGCGUGCGCGCGCCCGAUGCCGUGCUCGUGCGCCUGCGCGCGCCCGCCGCGCGCGCGCUGUGGGCGGGCGCCUGGGCGCGCGGCUCCGCGCAGUGGCGCGCGCUGCCCGAGCCCGACCGCGACCUGCUCGCGCGCCGCACCGCCGAGCCCGGCCACUUCUGGAUGUCGUUUGAUGACUUCGCGCAGUCGUUCGAGUGGCUCGAGCUGGUGCACGUGGGGCCGGACGACUGGCUGAUGGAGCCGGCGCUGCACGGGAAGCGGCCGUGGCGAGCGGUGCUGGCGCGGCGGCGCUGGCGGCGCGGCUACAACGCGGGCGGGCCGCCGCGCUGCGCCACGGCGCACACCAACCCGCAGUUCCACGUGGCGGUGCCGGGCGACGCGCGCUGCCACGUCGUAGUGUCCGUCACGCAGGAGUACGCGGUGGGCGGCGCGGCGGGCGGAGCGGGGGGCGGGCGGCGCCUGCUUGGCAUCGGCUUCGCGGUGUACGAGCUGCCGCCGGGCGCUGCGCCGCGCCGAGCCGCGCUGGCCGCUGUCGCGCCGGCGCCGCUGCGCGCGCUGGACGUCACGCACGAGUCGCGCGCGCGCGAGGUGGCCACGUUUUUCACGCUACCGCCGGGGCAGUACCUCGUCGUGCCGUACACGGCGCGCGCGGACCUCGAGGCCGCCUUCCUGUUGCGCAUCUUCACCGACGAGCACACCGAUGUUUGGGAAGUGAACGACGACAAUGUGAUCAUCCGCGACGUGGCGGCGGAGGCGCUGGAGGGCGCGGAGGCGUCGGUGCCGCGGGCGGUGCGCGCGGCGGCGGCGCGCGGUGGCGAGCUGGACGCGCGCGCGCUGCGGGCGCUGCUGCGGCGCGUGUGGCGGCGCGUGCUGCCGGCGCGGCCAUCGCUGGCGCUGUGCCGCGCGCUGGUGGCGCUGCGCGACCCCAGCGUGAGCGGGCGCGUGGCGGCGUGCGAGCUGCCAGCGCUGGUGGCGCGCGCGGCGCAGUGGCGUGCGGCGCUGGGCGCGGGCGCGGGCUGCGCGCGCGGUGUCAGCGCGUACCGGUUGCGCGCGCUGCUGUGGGCGAGCGGCGUCACGGCCUCCAACAAGGUGCUGGAGUGCCUGGUGCUGCGCUACGCGCGCGGCGCCUCGCUCGCGCCCGACGCUUACAUGCUGGCGCUCGCCAGGCUGCACCUCGCGCACGAGCGCUACCGCAGCCUCGAGGCGAAACUGAAGUCCAAUCCUCUCUCGCUGGAAGAGAUGAUCCUGAUGACCAUCUACUCG